GCUCCGAAUUCCACACGUCAACGCCUACCAAUCUUCAAUAGUGUCCUUCAACUUUUCAAUGCCAACAUCAUUUUCCUAUCUUUCUCCUUCUUGCGCGUGAAUUUGAGCAUGAGAUAUCCUGGGCACAAUGGACGAUGACCCGGCUGUCGAGCCUGAGGUCGAUGCCUUCAGUUUAGUUCUUCCACUCCCUUACCGUGUUGCCAUUAUAAUCGUCCUCGGUGUUUGGGCAUGGGGUCUGAAUCUGCAUUACCUGCACCUGCUCAAGAUUGACGUCCCCGCGCUCAUUCGAUAUCCUGCGCGUCAAGCUCAGCAUCAUGUCCCUCAUCACUAUUCUACCUACCGGCUAGCGACACUCCUUUCGCUUCCGCUGGUAGGAUCCCUCCUUCUCUUCUGGCUGGUAACACGAGGCAAUGUUGAAGCUGCGCUAUCAUGGCAGAUCCUGCCGCAGUCCUAUCUUUUAUUCCUCGCCUUCUGCAUCAUUGCGCCAGUCAAGCGCAUGUCUCGAUCCGGUCGUCUACACUUCUUGUCAACCUUAAAGAGAAUCAGCGUGGGUGGACUCGCCGAGGUGCAAGAUGGCAAAUUCGGGGAUAUACUGCUGGCUGAUGUUUUGACGAGCUACGCGAAGGUGCUGGGGGAUCUUUUUGUCUCAACAUGCAUGGCAAUUUCAAGAAAGACUACGAGCACGGCAAAACCAGACCGAGGAUGUGGCGGAGCAUAUCUCGUCCCAUUGAUCAUCAGCAUACCGAGCAUAAUUCGACUUCGACAGUGUCUGAUCGACUAUCUGCGCGUCCGCAGGAACCGGACAGUUUCAACAGGUUGGGGAGGUCAACAUCUGGCGAACGCAUUGAAGUAUUCCUCGGCCUUCCCAGUCAUUCUCCUGAGCGCUCUGCAGCGAGGCUAUGACCCUGCGACAUUCCACAUGAGUGAGACAGGGUUAUUCAGACUAUGGUUGUUUUGCGUCUUCCUCAACUCCUUUUACUCCUUCUAUUGGGACGUGGCGAAGGAUUGGGAUCUGUCGCUGUUCUCAUCAGCCAGAGAAAGGAAUGACCCCGAGCAUCCCUACGGCCUCAGACGGUACAGAUACUUCCAUCCAAGGGAGGUGUAUUAUACGGCGAUUGUCGUAGAUCUGCUCUUGCGGUGUACUUGGAGUUACAAAUUGUCGCCGCAUCUUGACCAUUUCAACGAUCUGGAAGGAGCCAUAUUUCUGAUGGAGCUCGCAGAAGUUGCGCGGCGAUGGAUGUGGAUCUUCCUGCGUGUUGAGACUGAAUGGGUUCGUAACAACCGUGGACCUGCACCGGAUGAUGUACUACUGGGAGAUUUUGGAGGCAAGGUGGACGAGGAUUGAAUAGUGCUGCUCUUUGCGCCAUUUGGCCUGGUUAGCUAACAUGCUCGAAGGAUCAGGACCUCGAAAAUAACGACGCCUCGAGUGUGUAAUGAUAAAAUGUGAAGCAAUUGAGUGGUGCGUUCCGCUUAUAGACAAAAGAGUACGAAAUGAGUGUACCAUAGGAGAUAUGAUGGUGACGUUGGUGGUCUGAAAUUAUGUGGUUUGCUACCACUAUGGAAUCAGAUCCCCUGAAUCCCCUGAACGCGUCUGUGCCGCGCGUAUCAUGCGCCAAUGCAGGUACCGACUUGCCGAGUAAUAUUAG